CCACAAUGGCGGCCUCCUGUGUCCCGAGGUGACAGGGUUAAAUAGGACUUCAAACUGUGGCCGAUUACGGGCUUUCUUUUAGGGAAAAUGAGAAGACUUGAAAAGCACUUUCUCCCGGUGUGCAGCGAAGCCCAGCACCCAGGUUGGGGACUGUCGGCACUGUGCCCCUCGAGACUGUCGGAACCGCUGUUCCUGCCUCCCAGGUGCUGCUGCCCGUGACUUAGGGGGGCCGGCACCUGGUAGCCGGCUCCCCCCACCCCGGCCAUGGAUGAGGUCACCUUCAAAAGCAACACUGUGCUGUCAGAUGUCCACCUCUACACCCCAAACCAGAGACACUUCAUGGUGCGACUGAACAGCAUGGGGCAGCCCGUUUUCCUGACCCAGUUCAGGCUUCUGUGGAACCGAGAUGCCCAGACAGACUCGGGGGCAGAGGGUGGCGAUCCUGGAGGUGCUUGUACCCCAGAGUCGCCACCACAGGGGACGGGCAGCCCCAGGUCCCUGCCAGGGAGCUGCAGCAGUGACGCUGCUGGCCCGGAAGGGACGGGAGUUCAGCUGGACGAGGACGGGGAUUUGGACGUGGUGAGAAGACCCCGGGCAGCCUCGGACCCGGAUGCGCCUGGGCCUCCGAGAGACAAGGUCCAUCCCGUGAUUCUCAGGCAGGAAGGGGACGACGUCCUGGACGACGAAGCCCAGGGAAGCAGGCCCCAAGAUGUCAUCAGAAUAGAGCACACCAUGGCCACCCCGCUGGAGGACGUGGGCAAGCAGGUGUGGCGGGGCGCGCUGCUCCUGGCUGACUACAUCCUGUCCCAGCCCGCCCUCUUCCAGGGGCGCACGGUGCUGGAGCUGGGGGCCGGCAUGGGGCUGGUCAGCAUCGUCGCAGCCACCGUGGCGAGGACCGUGUACUGCACAGAUGUGGGGACAGACCUCUUGGCCAUGUGCCAGCGGAACACCACCCUCAACAGUCACCUGGCCGGCCCUGGAGGCGGCGUGGUCAAGGUCAGAGCACUGGACUGGCUGGACGCGGACCUCUGCACAGCUGUGUCCCCCACAGACCCUGCGGCCUCCUUCAGCUGGUCGGAAGCGGAUGUCGCGGACCUGUACGAGCACACCACCGUGCUGCUGGCCGCGGAAGUGUUCUAUGACGACGACCUCACCGACGCCCUGUUUAGGACCCUCUCGGGGCUGGCGCUCAAGCUGAAGAACGCCUGCACCGCCGUCCUGUCCGUGGAGAAGAGGCUGAACUUCACGCUGAGACACUUGGACGUCACGUGCGAGGCCUACGACCACUUCCGCUCCUCGCUGCGGCGGCUGGAGACGCUGGCCGACGGGCCCCUGCGCUUCGUGGUGGAGCCCGUGGAGGCCUCCUUCCCGCAGCGCCUGGUCUACGAGCGCAUCCGGCAGCUGGAGCUCUGGAAGGUGCUUGUGGAGCGAGUCACGUGACCUGUCCGUCAGCAGUUGGGCUUCUUGACUGCUCUUGUGACAUUGUUUCUAAUAAAAUCAGAAGCUCACCAAG